AUGUAAGUCUAUGGGGCUGAGGGCGAGGUGUGGAACGCAGCAUCCACUUCCUGAUUCUGGGGAGAGACAUGGAGGAGCCAGUGACUGCUUUUCUGCCUGGUGAGCACCAGCACGUCCGAUAUAACCCACUGCACGAUGAAUGGGUCCUGGUGUCUGCCCACCGGAUGAGACGCCCCUGGCAGGGGCAGCUGGAGACACCUCCAGAGGAAAAUAUCCCCAGACAUAAUGAGAAGAACCCGCUGUGCCCAGGAGCCCGGAGAUCUGGAGGGCAGGUAAAUCCGGACUAUGAGGGAACAUUUACAUUUGGAAACGACUUUCCUGCCCUGCAGCCUGACGCUCCAGACCCAGGUUCCAGUGACCACCCACUGCUGCAGGCGAGGUCGGCCCGAGGCGUUUGCCAGGUGAUGUGCUUUCACCCCAGGUCAGAUAUUACCCUGCCUCUGAUGUCCCUGCAGGAGGUCCGAGCUGUGGUUGACAAGUGGGCGGAGAUAAAUAGUGAAUUGGGCGCCACGUACCCUUGGGUCCAGAUCUUUGAGAACAAAGGAGCAAUGAUGGGUUGUUCCAAUCCUCACCCGCACUGCCAGAUCUGGGCAAGUAAUUUCCUUCCAGACAAGGCUGAGACGGAGGAGCGGACACAGAGGGAGUACCUGCGGAAGCACGGAACGCCCAUGUUACUGGAGUACGGCAGGCUGGAGGAGGAACGCAAGGAGCGUGUGGUGCUGAGUAAUGAGGACUGGCUGGUGGUUGUCCCUUACUGGGCAGUUUGGCCGUUUCAGACCCUUCUUCUGCCGCGUCGUCAUGUGACCCGGCUACAAGACCUGCGUAGUGCAGAGAGAGACAGUCUGGCCUCCAUCAUGAAGCGGCUGCUCUGCAAGUACGACAACCUGUUUGAGAUGUCCUUCCCCUACUCCAUGGGCUGGCAUGGGGCCCCGACCGGGUGUCAUCUGACAGAGGACUGCAGCCACUGGCAGCUCCAUGCUCACUAUUACCCCCCCCUGCUGCGCUCCGCCUCCGUGCGCAAGUUCAUGGUGGGAUACGAGAUGUUGGCUCAGGCGCAGAGGGACCUGACUGCGGAGCAGGCAGCGGAACGGCUCAGAAAUCUGCCAGAAGAACAUUACACGCUGAGAAGAUCCGAGGAGCCGCUGAGGCCGGAUACAGAGUAACACUUACUGCUUUUACUGGUGAAACUGUUUCCCAGCCCCAGCAUCACAUGUAAUACAGUCUUCCAACCCAGGGCGAACAACGUGCGAUAGCAUGUGAAGAUCAUAUCAGGGACACGCGUGUAUAGAACAUUCUCAGCAGCUUCUCUGCAAUUGGUCAAUAGGAAUAUCCGGUCACCGUUUUUAUUACAGUGUCUGUAUGUGGGAUGCGGACAUGUCUAGGUUACACGUAUGUAUGAUGCUGGCAUGUCUAGGUUACACGUAUGUAUGAUGCCGGUGUGUCUGUGACUGGUAUAUUGCAAGUUUAUUAAAGAGAUAUUAUAUGCAAA